AUGUCAUUUUGGGAUAAUAAUAAAGACACUUUUCUUGCCGCUGGAAAAGCCACGGCUAAAGGAAUUGGGACAGGUACUAAAGCUUUAGGAAAAGCAGGGUACAGAACAUACAAGAAUAGUCAAGGUGAAAGAAGGGGAGUUCCAGAUAAUGAAGCAGACAAAGCAGAAAGAUCUAGUUAUGAAACUAGGAAUAACACAAAUACAAGUGCUUAUUCAGGUGCCUAUUCAGGUUCAAAUACAGGUUCAAAUACAGGUUCAAAUUCGGGAACAAGUUAUUACCAGAGCCAACCUAGACAUGUUGACGUCAAUGCAUAUCCGCUCCCGCCUAAAAGGGUUGCGGGACCUGGAGAAGUAAGACCUUUGGGCCAUCAGGAUCAAGGUCAGCAACAUCAGCAGAUGCAACAACCUCAACAACAUUAUUCUCAAAAUGCGCAGUAUUCUCAGGCUCCAUAUCAACCUCAACAACCUCAAUAUCCUCAACAGCCUCAACAACCUCAAUAUCCUCAGCAGCCAUAUUCCCAAGAUACACAAUAUUCCCAGGCUCCAUACCAUCCGCAACAACAGAUUCAACCACAACCACUUACAGAAGGAGAAAGACCAAUUCCUACGCCCCCAACACAAGCGGGAACUCAACCUCAAUUUCAGCCCCAGCUUCAGCAAUACCAAAAUGGGCACAUACAGCAAUCCCAUCCGGCAGAAACCCAGCAACCCACGUACCAAGUAGAACAGCAGCAACAAUCAUACCUGACCGAACCGCAACAACAACUUCAGCAGCCUAUCUUCCAACCUCAACCACAACUGCAAGAUCCCUACCAACAGUCUCCGGAAGCAAAUGAUUCGAACCAGCGUCCACCAGCAUAUGAUGAUAGCCAAUUGCAAAAUACUCAGCAAGAACCUACGCAAGUAGAUAGCGAACCUGUUAAGAAAUCUUUACCUGAUCCUUCCCUGUUUGCGCCACCCCCAAUUCAUAAAAACAGAGGAGUUUCAGAACCAUCGGAUUCUGCAUCUUAUAAGAAGACCGGAGUUAGUGGAAAACCAUCCCAUGUUGGUAAACAUGGAACUUCGACUACUCCAAAGCCCACCACUUUGGAUAUGGAUCCUUCAAAAAUAGGACAGCCUCCUCCCAAACCAUAUAGAGAAAAUUCCGAAACUACGCUUAACUCGGCUUCAUCAAACGUUCGACAAACUCCACCAUUGCCUACUCGUCAAUCGAGUAACACAACCCAAAACCAGUUGCAAACUACGUCUACCCCUGUUCCUCCACCUCGGAGCAAUACUGCGAGCGUAAAUUCUACGUCUUCUCAAGCAUCUAGUUUACCGGCUCCUCUACCAUUACCAGACAACACUGGUUCUGAGGGUUCUCAAAAGAAAGCGCCACCUCCGAAACCUAUAAAGAAGCCCAUGCAAUUAACUUCUGAUGGAUCUUCGAGAAACGCAGAACCCGAUACACUUAAACAAGAACCAAAAAAUUACAUGCCUAACUUUGCAGAAGAAAUUGCUUUACGAAAAAAUACGAAUAGUAGUUUAAGUGGUAAGGGUAAUUUAAAUUCAGAAGACUUUAAUUCAGAAUUGAAUAGUAAAUUAGAACCAGUUAAUUUUGAAAACCAUGCAAAACCGGAGCCCUCUGAUGCCACUCCUUCUUUGGUGAAGCCAAAGCCGAAGGUGAUGCCUAAGCCAAAAAUUGGUCCAAAGCCUUCUAUUUCACCCAAACCAGAGACAAAAGGAAAGCCUAUAAUUAAAUCCAAAUCUGAAAUAAAGGCCAAACCUGAUCUAAAACCGAAACCAAUCAUUGGAACCAAGCCUGUAACGGUAUUCGGUUCUAAGAAAAUUGGGAAUGAUAUGCCCAUUUCUGACUCGCCUAGUAAUCUACAUGUCAACAAAUCUAACACUCCUCCACCACCAAUUCCGAGACCUCGAAGUGCUGCAUCUAAUACUUCCACUCCACCACCUCCACCUCCAUCAAGGAAUUACAGACGAGCUAAGGCAGCAGCUCCUCCAAUUGAACUGGGCCCCCCAAAUCUUGAUUUACAGUUGUCAACAGGCUGGUUCGCAACCACCUCGGGGCCAAUGGUAUUACCUAAGGAUUUGUCCGGUCUUAACUACAAUACCUCUUAUCUGUAUGUUACUCGUGGUUCUGAUAAAUCCCAUACUAGAAAUAUUAAUUUAAGGCUACGUGAUUUGGCUAUAAUCUCUUACGCCAUUACCUGGCUGAAUGAUAAUAUCAACAAUGCAAAAAUGGAAGUCACUAAAUUUAUUCCAUCUCCAAUAUCAAAUAAAAUACCGACCGUGGAUGAAUUAGUUGCUAACCAAAAUAGGUUUGGCGAAUACGUAGCUUCAUGGAGUGAGAAUAAAAUGGGCCAGAAAGUUGGAACUGGAGAGUGCUGGGAUCUUGCUCGUGAUGCUUUGCUAAAGGGAUGUGGAAAACAUGCCUUUGUCUCAACUUAUUAUCACCAUGGUUAUCCUAUAAUUCUGCUUCAGGGUUCUGAAAAUGGUGUUUCAUACGUUGAUGGAAAAUCACCUUUAGAUGAAUUGAGAAGAGGUGAUAUUUUGCAAUAUACUUCAUGUAUAUUUAAGGAUAAAAUUCGUGGAUCGGUGAGCACUGUGGGUAAUCCAGAUCAUACAUCAGUGGUAUUGGAAAAUACGGGAGAUAAAUUGAUAAUAGCAGAACAGAACAUUAAUAAUUUGAAGAUAGUAAAGAAAACGGAAAUUUGCCUUCAAAACUUAACCCAAGGUAUUGUGGUUGGAUAUAGACCGAUGCCGGCUGGAUGGGGAGGAAAUUUGUAG